AUGGCCUCGGCGUCCAAGAAGCCUGACGUUCCAUGGGCCCCUGAACUAACUAUGGAGGAUAGGCCUAUUAUGGCCAGUGAAAGUGCCAACGAUAUUAACGUUGGUGUCGCCCUCAGCACUGCUCUUCUCCUUCCGAAGGAUUUGGAACGAAAUGCUGAGCUCAGUGAAUUGGUUGAUAUGAAGAGGGAACCAUCUUCCAUGAAGAAGGAGAUCAAAUCUCUUGAAUCAAGGAUGAGAAAACUAGAGGACCAGGCCGAGGCUGCGACUAAGGCCCAGCAGAUGGCUGAAGAGAAAGUGGAGUCUGCUGAGGCUAUCCGGAAAGUAGCUGAAGCUGAGAAGAAGGAGGCCGAAGUGAAAAAGGCCCAGGCUGAGAAGGAGCUCCAGCAGGCUUUGGCCACCAAGGAGGCCGAAGUCAAAGAGGCUGAUGAAAAGGCCUAUGCCCAGGGUAUGACCGACGUCACAGAGGAUUAUAAACUUCAAGUCAGGCAGGUUGAAGACGAAUCAGAGACUGAGGCUGAUGCCGAGGAUGAGGAUGAAGGGAAAAAUGAUGAUGAGGCCUUGGUGAGGAAACCCAAGGAUGCUGCUGAAGCCAAGUCCCCUCCUUCUGCUGAGCAAGUCAUGGAUUUAACCUUGGAUGAGGAGGGUGAUGAGGUUGGGGAGGCACCAAAGGAAAUUGCCAUCGGGGAACUAUUGCCCGACCUUCUUUUGGCUGAAAGAAAUCUGGACAAUACGCUGGCUGAGAUUGAUGCUGAGAUUGAAGCAGAAAAGGUUGCCGAGGAGGUUCCACCAGAAUCGUCCGAGGUCCCAGUCCCUGCAGCUGCUAAUACUGAAGAGUCUUGA